AUGAGCAGGGGCACGGCCCAUUUCCUGACGGCUCUGUUCAUGGCGGCGGCAGGGGCGGUGGGCUACCCGUCCCGGAGGUCUGCCACCGACCUGGAUGCCACCCCCAGGACAACGGUCACCUUUGACGAGCUGUUGGGUGUCCGGCACUUCAGCACACGCACCCUCAACUACAGCACCCUGCUGCUGGAGGACGGCCGGGGCAUCCUCUACGUGGGCGCCAGGGGAGCCAUCUUCGCCCUCAACUCCAGCGAUGUGGGCGACGGGUCCCACCGCACGAUCCCCUGGGAAGCCUCCCCAGAGAAGCAGAUGGACUGCCUGCAGAAGGGCAAAAACAACAAGACCGAGUGCUUCAACCACGUGCGGUUCCUGCAGAGGCUGAACAGCACCCACCUCUAUGCCUGCGGCACCUACGCCUUCCACCCACUCUGCACCGCCAUUGAUGCCGACAGGUUCACAUUGCCAUCCUACUUUGAGGAAGGGAAGGAGAAGUGCCCGUAUGACCCUGCCCGUGGCUACACUGGCCUCAUCGUGGACGGCGGGUUGUACACGGCCACACGCUACGAGUUUCGGAGCCUCCCUGACAUCCGGAGGAACCUGCACCAGCGGCCGCUGAAGACAGAGGAGUCCCCACUGCACUGGCUGAAUGAUGCUGAGUUCGUGGCCUCUGUGCUGGUCCAGGAGAGCAAGGACAGCCCCGUGGGUGACGAUGACAAAAUCUACUACUUCUUCAUGGAGCGGGCUGGUGAGGAGACCACGUCCUUCUUUGACAAGAGCCAGAUGGCCCGAGUGGCCCGAGUGGCCCGUGUCUGCAAGAGUGAUGUGGGGGGGAAGAAGAUCCUGCAGCGCAAGUGGACGUCCUUCAUGAAGGCACGCCUGGUCUGCUACAUCCCCUACUACGAGGUGCUGCGCAGCAUCUGCAGCCUGGACGGGGGUGGCUGGGCCAGCACGGUCUUCUAUGCUGCCUUCACCCUCUCUGCACAGUGGAGGACCAUGGAGGCCUCGGCUGUGUGCCGCUACAGCAUCUCAGCAGUGCAGCACGCCUUCGAGGGCCCCUACAUGGAGUACCAGGACUCGGCCCGCAAGUGGUCCCGCUACGACGGUGCGGUGCCCGAGCCCCGGCCUGGCUCCUGCAUCACGGACCACUCUCGCAGGAAGGGCUACAACUCCUCGCAGGACCUGCCCAACAGCGUCCUGGACUUUGUCAAGCUGCACCCGCUGAUGUUCGAGGAGGUGAAGCCGGCGGGCGGGGAGCCGCUGCUGGUGAAGAAGAGCGUGGCGUACAGCCAGCUGGCCGUGGACAGGGUGCAGGCCCUCGACGGCCACUCCUACGAUGUCCUCUUCAUGGGGACAGGGGAUGGCUGGAUCCACAAGGCCGUGGUGGUGGGCUCCGGCAUCCAUAUCGUGGAGGAGGUGCAGGUCUUCAGGGAGCCGCAGCCUGUGGAGAGCCUCGUGAUCUCGCAGGCCCAGAGGAGCCUGUACGUGGGGGCAGCCAGUGGGGUCUUGCAGAUGCCCCUGGCCUCCUGUGCCAGGUAUAUCUCCUGCUAUGACUGCGUCCUUGCCCGGGACCCCUACUGCGCCUGGGAUGGCAGGAGCUGCUGUGCCAUCACCGCUGCUGAUGACAGAGGGUUGGUGCAGGACAUUCAGAGUGGCAACAAGGGAUGCCGGAGCAGCACUGGGCGGGUGCGUGUCCCCUCAGGCUCCCUGCCCUGGAAGAACCGGACGGUGCUGCAGGGGGAUGAUGUGCUGCUGCCCUGCGACCAGCGCUCCAACCUGGCCCGAGCCAUCUGGCUACUGAACGGCAGCGAGGUGCCGGGCACCGGGCAGGACCGGCUACGCGUCGGGGUGGACGGGCUGCUGGUGAUGGACACAUUGCCCCAGCACAGCGGCCAGUACCGCUGCUAUGGGGAGGAGCGGGGGCUGCGGGAGGGGCAAGAGCAGGAUGCAGCAGCAGACAGCAAGAUGCACUGGCCGCAGGAUGGGCAGCCACCGCUGUGCCCUGCAGUGUGGUGA